CCGCUAAGAAAGGGGGAAGGCAAAGCUGCCAUCAUCUAAAAUGGCCUGCUUCUACUACAGUAAGCAAAGAGCCUGAAGCCAAAGUACUUUUUGAUCCCUGACGGUCAGGAUUCCUCUUCACCUGACUGUUCGGUCCUCCUCUCUGCCUCCCUUCCCAAGAUAAGAUGAUUCACAGCACGGCCGCGCGUUCUUCUACGUGCGUGAUGACGACAUGCGAGCCAGGAGAAACUUCCGACUGGCCUCCUCCCGCCGCCGUUCGCGGGGUGGUUGCCGUGGUAACGGCCCAUAGCUCAGGGCCCGGUAAGGCCAAAGCGGGCCGGGCCUAGGAUGGCUGCUGCGGCGGGAGCAGCUGUGGCAGCGGCGACGGCAGGACAGGAUGAAGAUCUCCCAUUGCCAGGGCCCUCCAUAGGGCGAAGAGCCGUCUGCUCCCGACCCUACUUCGUGGUGCUGAUGGUUUUCGCGCAUCUCUACGUGCUCAACGUGCUGGGCUUGCUGCUCUUCGUGCACAUCAGCUCCGAUGAUGGAGACUCGGAGCCGGGCAAAGAGUCCCCUGGCCCUGCUCAAGACCCACCUGCGCUACCCUUCUCUCCGGGCAGCUCUAACCCUCAUGCCCUGCCUCGCCUCGAGGGCAUCAAGGUGGGCCAUAAACAGAAGGUGGAGCUGAUUCCUAACAAAAUCCAUGCCAUGAAAACCCUCAGCUUGAAACCACUUCUUUUUGAAAUUCCAGACUUCCUGAGUGAGGACGAAUGUAAGUUAAUUAUCCACUUGGCUCAGCUGAAGGGGCUACAGAAAAGUCAGAUUCUGCCCACAGAAGACUAUGAGGAAGCUAUGGAAAUGAUAGAUAUCAGUCAGAUGGAUAUCUUCAAUCUACUGGACCACAACCAAGAUGGACAGCUGCAACUCAAGGAGGUACUGACACAUACCCGUCUAGGAAAUGGCAGGUGGAUGACACCUGAGAGCAUCCGGGAGAUGUAUGCUGCUGUGAAAGCAGACCCAGAUGGCAAUGGUGUGCUGAGCUUAGAGGAGUUUAAGCGACUGAAUAUUCGGGACUUCCACAAGUAUAUGGGAAGCCAAAAAGUGAAGAUGAGUGACCUAGUGCGAAACAGCCAGCACACAUGGCUGUAUCAGGGCGAGGGGGCACAUCAGGUCAUGCGCUCUAUACAGCAAAGGGUGAUUCAUUUAACCCGCCUGCCCCCGGAGAUUGUGGAGCACAGUGAACCUCUGCAAGUAGUCCGAUACAACCAGGGAGGGCACUACCAUGCCCACAUGGACAGUGGACCAGUGUUCCCUGAGACUGCCUGCAGUCACACCAAACUGAUUGCCAAUGAAACUGCUCCAUUUGAGACCUCAUGCCGCUAUGUGACCGUACUAUUCUACCUAAAUAAUGUGACUGGAGGAGGAGAGACCACUUUCCCUAUUGCUGACAAUAGGACCUAUGAAGAGUUGUCUCUAAUCCAGAAUGAUAUUGAUCUACGUGAUACUCGUAAGCACUGUGAUAAGGGAAACCUACGUGUAAAACCCCUGCAAGGCACUGCUGUCUUCUGGUACAAUUACCUGUCAGAUGGGAAAGGCUGGGUUGGUGAUCUAGAUGAAUAUUCCUUGCAUGGAGGCUGCUUGGUCACUGAAGGAACCAAGUGGAUUGCCAACAACUGGAUCAAUGUUGAUCCCAACAAGAGGCGGCAGCUCCAGUUCCAAGAGGAGAUGGCUCGAUAUACAAACAGUGGGGAUGAGGACCAGAGCGAGUGGACUGUGGACAAAUCCUACAGCACCGUACAUGUAGAACUGUAGUGCUUA